UGUUUCCUGUGUCAACUUCACUCCAGCAGCUGCUGCUCCUCACCACCGUCACCAUCACCGACCUCGGCACCGACCUCGGCACCGACCCCUGAACCCAGCAAUGGCGACUCCUCUCACCGACCAGGAGAAGCGCAAGCAGAUCAGCAUCAGAGGCAUCGUGGGCGUGGAGAACGUGGCCGAGCUGAAGAAGGGCUUCAACCGACACCUGCACUUCACUCUGGUCAAAGACAGGAACAUCGCAACGCCCAGGGAUUAUUACUUUGCCCUGGCGCACACUGUGAGGGAUCACCUGGUGGGGAGAUGGAUCAGAACACAGCAGUUUUACUAUGAGGCAGACCCAAAGAGGGUGUAUUAUCUGUCCCUGGAGUUCUACAUGGGCAGGACGCUGCAAAACACCAUGAUCAACCUGGGGCUGCAGAACGCCUGCGAUGAAGCCAUCUACCAGCUCGGCCUGGACAUGGAGGAGCUGGAGGAAAUGGAGGAGGAUGCCGGUCUGGGGAAUGGAGGUCUUGGCAGACUGGCAGCAUGCUUCCUGGAUUCAAUGGCCACCUUGGGUCUGGCGGCGUACGGUUAUGGGAUUCGAUAUGAAUAUGGAAUCUUUAACCAGAAGAUAAGAGACGGCUGGCAGGUGGAGGAGGCAGAUGAUUGGCUGAGACAUGGAAACCCCUGGGAGAAAGCGCGUCCCGAGUACAUGCUGCCCGUUCACUUCUAUGGACGAGUGGAGGAGACCAAAGAAGGCCCCAAAUGGGUCAACACUCAGGUGGUGCUGGCGAUGCCGUACGACACACCCAUCCCUGGCUACAUGAACAACACUGUCAACACCAUGAGGCUGUGGUCUGCACGCGCUCCCAAUGACUUCAACCUGAGUGACUUUAAUGUUGGAGAUUACAUCGAGGCUGUGCUGGACAGAAAUCUGGCAGAGAACAUCUCCCGUGUGCUUUACCCCAACGACAAUUUCUUUGAAGGAAAAGAGCUUCGUCUGAAGCAGGAAUAUUUCGUGGUGGCCGCCACGCUUCAGGACAUCAUCCGCCGCUUCAAGACCACGAAGAAAGGCACGCCCGCUCGCACGUCCUUCAAGAACUUCCCUGACAAGUGUGCCAUCCAGCUGAACGACACUCAUCCAGCCAUGGCCAUCCCAGAGCUGAUGAGGAUCUUUGUGGACAUUGAGAAACUCGACUGGGACACGGCCUGGGAUCUCACCAGACGCACCUUCGCCUACACCAACCACACGGUUCUCCCUGAGGCUCUGGAGCGAUGGCCUGUUCACCUGCUGGAGACACUUCUGCCGCGACACCUGCAGAUCAUCUACAAGAUCAACCAGAGCCACCUCGAUAAAAUCGCAACCCUUUUCCCCAAAGACAUGGCCAAAAUUAGGAAAAUGUCUCUGAUUGAGGAGGACGGCUGCAAGAGAGUGAACAUGGCUCACCUGUGCAUCGUAGGCUCUCACGCCGUGAACGGAGUCGCCGAGAUACACUCCAAGAUCAUCAAGACUGACGUAUUUCGUGAUUUCAGUGACCUGGAACCGGACAAGUUUCAGAACAAAACCAACGGCAUCACUCCGAGACGCUGGCUGCUGCUCUGUAAUCCUGGACUGGCGGAGCUCAUCGCUGAGGCCAUCGGGGAGGAUUACGUCAAGGACCUGAGUCAGCUUCAGAAGCUGAAUGACUUUGUGGAGGAUGCUGCGUUCAUCCGUGACGUCUCUAAAGUGAAACAGGACAACAAGGCCAAGUUUGCCCAGUACCUGGAGACGGAGUACAGGGUGAACAUAAACCCGGCCUCCAUGUUUGACGUCCAUGUGAAGAGAAUCCACGAGUACAAGCGGCAGCUGCUCAACUGCCUGCACAUCAUCGCCAUGUACAACCGCAUCCGAACAAAUCCCACUGCGCCGUUUGUGCCACGGACAGUGAUCAUCGGCGGGAAGGCUGCUCCGGGGUAUCACAUGGCCAAAAUGAUCAUCAAGCUGAUCACAUCGGUGGCUGACGUGGUGAACAACGACCCGGUGGUGGGGAACAAGCUGAAGGUCAUCUUCCUGGAGAACUACCGAGUGUCUCUCGCAGAAAAAGUGAUUCCUGCGACAGAUCUGUCGGAGCAGAUCUCCACCGCUGGCACUGAAGCCUCAGGAACGGGAAACAUGAAGUUCAUGCUGAACGGAGCGCUGACCAUCGGCACCAUGGACGGAGCCAACGUGGAGAUGGCCGAGGAAGCCGGAGAGGAGAACCUGUUCAUCUUCGGCAUGAGGGUGGAGGACGUGGCUGAGAUGGACAAACAGGGAUACGACGCCAUGACGUACUACAAGAAGAUCCCUGUGCUGAAACAAGUGAUGGACCAGAUCAUGAGCGGCUUUUUCAGCCCCAAAAAUCCGGAGCUUUUCAAAGACCUCACAAACAUGCUCUUAAAACAUGACCGUUUCAAAGUGUUUGCAGACUUUGAAGACUAUAUGCAAUGUCAAGAGAGAGUCAGCCAACUCUAUCAGAAUCCAAACGAGUGGACAAAGAUGGUGAUCAAGAACAUCGCAGCGACGGGGAAGUUCUCCAGUGACCGCACCAUCACCGAGUACGCCACCGAGGUGUGGGGCGUCGAGCCCACCGACCUGAAAAUCCCGCCGCCCAACGAGCCGCGAGAGGCCAUCGAGGAAACGGUCCGAGCGCUGAAGAAAAUGUGAGAUUGUUUAAAAAAAAAAAAAACAA